AUGAUUACAGCCCGUUUGAUCGUUUUAUCCUCGGCCCUCGUGAUUAUUGUCCCGGGCCACGUGUUCGGCGAUGAAGCGAACAAUGCCUUGUCCACAAAUGUUUCACCUGAGUCGAGAGAGAUUACGUAUCCGUGCAAAUGUCAAGAAAGCAAAUGCAGCUGUUGUAGCGGAAAUAUACUUCAAAACUUUAACCUUAACAUACGGCAACGGCUGUGCACCAACAUAACAUAUAACGCCGAUGACUUCGAAUUCAACGUUCGUAUAUUAUUCAAUGAUUACACGGUGUACAAUAGAGAUGUAUCGGGUAGGAAUCCGCGACCCAUAUGCGUGCCGAUCUUCCCGCCUGCCUGGACCCGGAGCCGGGUGUGUUUGAAGUUCAGCAACGUGUACUUCGUGGGCCGCAACGUUCACGUGUGCUUGAGCAUGGAAGCACAGACCGAGAAGAAACCCGUGUUCGCCGUCGACUUCAACUGCGUCCGGAUGGGCACUAUGGGAGUGGCGUUGCUAAAACCAGAGGACGGCGGUGGCCUAGAGCCACCACUGCCUGACGAUCCGUCCGACGCUCAGGUCCAAGGAACGACGGCGGCAGUGGCAGUGGCAGUGGCGGCGGAAGACCCGACUACGAGCUCAACGGUGGUGAAAAAAAAAAAAUACUAA